ACUAGUUAGCAUUCGUCUCAGACCGCGCCUCUUUGUCUUGUUCUAUAUACUGUGUCCUUUUAACCCUCCUCCCCUCCUCCCCUCCCCCGUCUCAUCCUCCAAUUCCCUUCCCUCUCCUCAUUCCCUCCUCACCACCACUACUACUUCAACAAUGACCACAAUCCACGGCACCAAUCACCCAGCUUUCGCGUCGGUCCGCGAGACCUUCGCCAAUCACAUCGCCAGCGGCGUCGAACUAGGCGCCGCACUGUGCGUCUCCGUCAACGGGGAGACGGUAGUCGACCUCUGGGGCGGGUCAACGACAACCACAUCACCAAAACCAUGGGAGCACGACACAGUGGUCCCAGUAUGGUCACUCACGAAGCUCGUCACCGCACUGUCUACCCUCCUCCUAAUCGACAGGAAGCAACUCGACCCCUUCGCGCCGGUCACACAGUACUGGCCCGCCUUCCGCGCCUCGCAGGACAUCGAAGUCCGCCACCUCCUCAGCCACAGCUCCGGGCUCUCAGGCUGGGACACGCCCCCGAGCCCAGCAGAGCUAUACGACCUGGGCCUCACAACCGCGAAACUUAUUACCCAAGAACCGUGGUGGACGCCCGGCAGCGCCUCAGGCUACCACAUGCUGACGCAGGGAUGGCUACUGGGCGGACUGAUCCGGGAAGUAACAGGCCAGGCCUCACUGAGCGAGUUCAUCAAGUCCGAACUCACGCGACCGCUGAACGUAGAAGACGGGUUCUACCUCCGUAUCCCGGAGCAAGAGUGGCCGCGCAUCGCCGAGCUCGUGCCCCCGCCUAACUUCGCCAUCCCCGCCCUCGACCCCGCCAGCGUCGCCAUGCGCACCUUCCUCAGCGCACCGCUCUCGGUUGCUAGUGCGGCGACGGCUGAGUUCCGGCUGGCGGAGAUGGGCGCGUCGGAUGGGUUUGGGAAUGCGCGUGCGCUGAACAAGAUUCUGUCUGUCGUGUCAUUGGGAGGCGUGGUCGAUGGGAAAAGGUUUCUGAGUCCUGAGACGGUGGAGUUGAUCUUCCAGCCCCAGGUGUCUGGUGUUGAUCUUGUGCUCGGUGAGCCCGUAACUUUUGGGGUUGGGAUGGCGCUUGCGAGGCCGCUGGGUCCGGAGUGGUUACCUGACGGGCGACGCGUGGGCUAUUGGACUGGCUGGGGCGGGUCGCUUGGGUUGAUGGAUGCCGAGCGCGGCGUAACUGUGACUUAUACUAUGAAUAAGAUGGCGGAUGGGUUGCGUGAGAAUGGGCAGUGCAGGGAUUAUGUGGCUGCUGUUUAUGAGGCAUUGGAGGGGUAUUUGGCCGGUUUGUAGGGUUGUUUGUAUACUUCCGAGGGAGGGGGAGAGAGUACUGUACACUUCUGAGGGUUCUCCA